AUGACACCUCUUCAGCCCCGUGUUAACCAAGCCGACAUGCUAUCCCAGCACGAGACACGAAGCGAUGACGGCCCGUGGUGCGCAAGCAAUGAAUGGGACUGCCUGAACACGGCAGCCCAGUUCGGUAUCAUCUUCAGCGUCAUCGUCGUCACGCUGACCAUAGUGUGGGUCUACUGGUACGCCAUCGUCCGACCGAGGCAAGAGAGGAUCAAAGAGUCUGGGCACGAUCUCGAGCUCAACCUCGGCGACGGCCGCAGCAUCACCGUCUCGUCUGGGCCACACCAGAGGACUGUGGUGCUUCGAGACGAUCGUUUGCCCACCCCGCCGCCACCAGCAUACAGGCCUCCCACGCCUGGCAACGCCGUUUUCGUCUCCUCAGGGUCAACGAUGACGACGGAGCCUUCUAGACCUUCCACGCCAGAUUCUCAGUUACAUCGGUGGUAUACCCCCAGCCGCAAAUGCGAACGCAAACAUACCACAUCAUACCGCCGCCUCCGCCGCAUCCGCCUCCUCGGCCUCCUCCACCACCUCAAACCCCCCCAGCAAUACGUGUGUCAGUCCAAGGACCGGUUCAUCCCCCUCCCGCUCCCCCUCCGCCGCCUAUGCCACCCGCAUCUGGCAGCCGGGUACAAACCCGCCCUCCAUCUCCAGGUCAUGCAUCCACCAUCGAAGAUGACGACUCGGAUCGUGGCGGCUCCUUACCUCCAUCAAGCCGUCGAGGACGGAGCCCACCACCAGGUGGCUCGCAGUUCACACGCAGCCACACCCCAUCCCCCAACGACCGGCGACGACGACAACAUGCCCGACGCCGUCCUCGGCCGAGCCCCAGCCGCUCUCCGCGACGGGGGCGACGGGGCGAGCGUAGAGGACAUGGGGGACAGAAGGCCAAGCCUCAUGCGCACUGAUCUGGCGAGCCUGCUCCUGGAGGCAGAGGGCCGCCAGCGAGCUCGCGAGACUGAGCGUCGCCAGUCACUUGUUGACCGGUACGACGAGGAGGAGGGCGAUUCUGCACACCCAAAAGUCAAGGAGAAGGCCGAUGGGCGAGAUGAGACCACCGAGACUUUUGCAGCAACGAGUGCUGAACAACAAGAUCCACAGCACCGCCGCCAGAGAGACGAAGCGCGUAACGGUGAGAGCGGAGAAGGCCUUAUUGCCGCAACGAGACGGCGCGUCGCAUUCAACGAGCUGUCACCAGAAGUCUGGGAGUCUCGGGUUGGACGUCCCUCGCGACGGUCACAGAGCCCACCCAGACUUCCAACCCACAAAGACCUACGCCACGGCGAGUCUCGGGUGGGACGCCACCGGCGCAGUCCCAGCCCCGACGAGAAGGUGGUCCAGCGACCGGUUGAUCCGGUAUCAAGUGUUGCCGAGUCUCGCAUCGGCAGGCCUCGGCCUUCAUCGUCCACCAGAGAGCAUCAAGCCCGGCGGAGAGACAGCCACGGGUUUCCCGGUGUCGGUGAAUCACGGAUCAACAGCCAUCACAGGAGGAAGCGCCGGGAAACGUACCCCCCUGAGAUGUUUUCCUCGGGUAAGGGCGACAACUACUACGAUACACAAGACGUAAACGGCAGAUACCGUAUCCCAGUCGACGAUAGUAUCCUCGACGUAGCCCAAUCCGAGGGCCCACCCUCGAGCGCUGGCGCGACGUGUGCGACCAGGAGCCAGGCGUCAAGCGAAAGCAGCUAUCCCAGUCGGAGGAUGAGCCUGACUCCAGCUUUGUUCAAUCGCGAUCGGAGCCGGCGAGGCCAAGAAGACGCACGUCCGCACUUGAGGUCAUCGUCACCGGGAGAAUCCAAUGACCACAAAAUGGAGAAACGAACUUCGAGAUCGAGCUGGGCUUCAAAACUCGCCUCUUUCCUCCCCACAAUCGCGAGACUCACGACCAACAACCCGGUGGUGCAAGAGCUAGCGGACGACGUCGCGGUCGAGGUCAGAAAUCGGGAUAGCAGAGAACAAGCUGCGCUGGAAAGGCCGCCCGCAAUCGCGCGCAGGGAGCCCAUUGGCCACGGACCAGACGAUACCCAGCGAGCGCAUACUCGUUCGCGUCAUGCUCAUCGCUUCCCUGACCACCACCACCACCACCACCGCCACCACCAGCGCGGCGACGCUCGUCGCGCGCAGCCCAGAUCCUCCAACCACCGCUACCGCAGGCACGGCAGGCGCCCGAGCACUAUUCACGAGGAGCCACAGGAGAGCUUGCAGGUCGCCCUGGAGCACGCCGCUGAGCGGCUCGCAGAAGGGGCAGUCGAGUCGGCGCUGGACCGAGCCCAUCACCGCGGCGGAGGCUCAGACAGCCGGGAAGGCGGUGCUGAUGUCAUGUCAGGCGAAGAUGACCGAUGUCGUCGGCGGCCGCGUAGGAGCAAGGAGACGGAGUGCUAG